AUGGCGCCGCUUACCGAUACCCCGAAUGAGAUCAUCUAUCACAUUUGUGGCUUCGUCCCCAAGAUUUCCGAUCUGAAGAAUCCCUGUCUUACGAGCAAGUCUCUUCGUAGCUCUGCUGAGCCCUUUCUCUAUUCUUCCGUCAUUUUGGAGUACAGCUUCCUGUGCAUCCCCCGAAUUGUGCCCCUUCUUCGCACUCUUCUCCGGAGGCCAGAACUUUUUCAGCAUCUAGAUACUGUCUCGAUGAAUGGGUGGGGCUUUGGUGGCCAGGACGAUUCACGUGCGAUAGAUCUCAAAAGCCUUGAUACAGCAUUCAAGGAGCAGUGUCUGGCUGCCAUCGAGAAGACCAACGUGCCGUUCACUGAGCUCUGGAUCAAAAAGUUCAACUCAGGCGAAACAUGUCUGGAGGCACUUUCUGCACUCUUACUUGCCAACCUUUCUUCUGGCACGAAGCGCCUCGCGCUGAUGAGGAACUUCAUCAACGGUCGUGAACUCAUCGGCAAGGUCAUGCAGGCUAAAGCUUAUGGUGAACUACCUGCACUGGACCGGCUCAAAGAGAUCAAGUACUUCAAAGGAUAUGAUUAUCAAAUAACGACGAGAAAUGAUACAUUCGAAGAUGUCAUCUCCUUGUUCUAUCUACCGGCAGUCACAGAUAUUGUGGCAUGGGUUCCAAACUCUCCAGACUUCCGGUGGCCGGCUGGGGCGCCUAACUUGGAUCACCUCACUUCGCUGGAUAUCGCACGACUCUCUGACCAGCACAUGGGCAAGAUUCUCAGCCUCACGCGGAACCUCAAGUCACUCCUCUGGACUUGGGAAUACGAUGACUCGGAGGACCCUUGGCUGCCACCAACAUUGGAUUUUGACAAGAUUGUUGCAAUUCUCUCAAAAGUCAGACAUACGCUGGACACAUUGCUCUUCCGGUUGAACAUCAAAGGGGGCCACCAUUCUUACCUAUAUCAACCUAUAUUUUUUCCAAACCUGACUAUUUUGGGGUCUUUCCGCGGUCUUGCUGGGUUCGACCGCCUGACGGACCUCGAAGUGCCACUGAUUUCGCUCGCCGGUUUUGGAGACAGUCCCCAGCCACUCGAGGAGAGUAUCCCUACCAACAUCAAGACGCUUGCUCUCUCGAAAGACAUGCUUCUUGACAGGGCGGUCAAAUGGCAGGAAGGCUUCGGGGCUCAUGUUUUCGAUAUAAUGAAAGACCUGAUUCAGCUGCUGGCUAAGAACGUUCCAACACGACUGCCGCAUCUGCAUCGGCUUGUCUUGCUUGAAGAUGCUGAAGGUACUAAAUACGGGUGCAUAUUUAAGAAAUAUGAAGCCUGUGCGACAGCAGAGUCGUGGGCGGAUGGUUACGAGAUGUUGUCCUUGCCUCGCGAGCUACCAUUAGCUCGAUACAGCUUUGGUUGGCGUACAAUUCCUGAUAUGCAGUAUGUCAGAACAGACUGUCCCCUUUGGGCUAGGGAUCUCAAGGAUACGAUCAGGCGUGCUCGUCGAAUUUAA